AUGAAGGUUGAACUCGAUCGAUUUAUUGCAGCUAUUCUAGCCUCAAACUGGGGCAUGAAAAUUGACUUCUCAGAUGUCGCAAGGUUUUACGGACGAGGCGCGACGCGCAAUACCAUUGAGCACAAGAUCCGUGGAUUCCGGAAGAUGGCGGAGGCACUCCGUGCAGAAAUAGAUGGACCACAUACCCCAAAUAAGUCUGCAUCAAUUUCCCGAAAGCGAAGCGCAGGAAGUCAGCAAACAAGCACAGAUUUGAAGUCAAAGCGUGCCAAGUCCGGAACUGGAGCCCGAAUCAUUACAGAUCUCGAGAACUCAAAGACUUUCAUUGAUAUUGAUGAAGAAGAGAUUACUCCGAUCAAGACAAAGAUCAAACAGGACAACCACAUCACGCGCAGCCUUUUAGGUAUCAAAACUAGUCCUUUCGAUGAUUUGUUCACGGUUCUCGAUGACCAGAAUGAAGGCAUUAUUGAUCACGUGAAAAACGAACUCGACGAUGUUGACAUAACAACAAUCCCAAGUCAACUACCCAGCCUGCAACUGGAAACGGACUUUCACUUUGACAGCCAAAAGAAUGGCUAUGAUCUUUCCCUGCCAUCCUCAAACUUUCAUGAUCCAAUGGUAUCUUCCAAAGCCUAUGGUGCUGCCUUUGAUGACGAGAUCUGA